AUGCAGUUAGUUUCUUAAGUCAGUUCAUGCAUUAGCCAAUUGAAUCCCAUCUUCAUGCUGUAUAUCAGGUAUUCUCUUCAAAUGUGGUGGUGACUUAACAGUUGAGAUGUAUACUGAUGCUAAUUAUGCUGAUUCUCUUUUAGAUCGUUGGUCAACUUCAAGUCUUAUGAUGUUUAUGGGGAGAAAUUUAGUUACUUGGCGCAGCAAGAAAUAAAAUGUUGUUACUCGCUGAAGUGCUGAAGUAGAGUUUAGGCCACUAGUGCAUAGAAUAUGUGAACUAUUUUGGGUGAAGAUUUUACUCACUGACUUAAAGAUUCCUCUUUCAGGUCUGAAGAAAGUGAAAAGGGUAAAAAGUGCCUGACAAUGAUCACGGUCUAGGAUUUAUAUCUGAACCCUAGAUUGUAAUGAUCACCAAACCACUAGAAUGGGACAUAACAAAAUGAGCUCAUUACCCCACUACAUUUAACACCCCCCCUCAAGCUGGAGCAUAGAUAUCAUAUGCAACAAGCUUGGUACAAAUAGUGAAUCUGAAUGAGUUCAUAUGUGGUAUGUGACAUAGCCAUGUACUCAAACUCUGCACUAGAUCAUGAGACCACUAACUAUUUCUUGCUAUUCCAAAAAAACAAGAUUGCCACCAAUUAAAAUACAAUAAUCAGUUGUAAAUCUCUUGUUGAUAUUACUUCCAGCCCAAUCAACAUCAAAAAACCUUGGAUGUUCAGAUGACCAUGAUUCUUGUAUAAUAAUCCUUGGCCUGGAUUUUUCUUCAGAUAUCAUGAAGUCUAUGAAACAACUGCAAGUGUUUGCGACAUUAUUAUUAACAAAAUCUGUGGUGAAAUAUUAUUAUUAUUAUAGUCCUAUGUGACAUUUCAUCCAUUGCUCUAUGUCAACAUAUAUAUAUAUACUGAAUUUGCAUCAUACAACUCCAUAUGUUGAUAUUUAUGAUGCAUUGCACUCCUCAAUGCAAAUCAUGAAUGGUUUCAUUUUUAUCUCAUUUGAGACUGCAAAUGCUAGAAACUCUAUUACUAUGUCAUUUACGUCUGUAUGUUUAACCAACAAAUCUGGUGCUCUCCCACAAAGCUUUUACAACGAGUUCAUAUUUUUUAUGCAAAUUUUUAGAACGUAAUGCCACAAAAUCACCCAUGGGAACAUCAAUCUACCUUGUGCAAGCUCUCUAGUUGAAGCUUCUGUUAGAUGUUAUUCAGAUCCUCAUUCUGUGCAUCCAUUCAAACGCGGGACCGGGCUGCUCAUCUGACAUCCAUUUUCUUCCUGGAUUGCAUAGCAGAUGGAUUCUUCUGAGGUUUGGGAGCAAUCAACAUUGGUUUUGAAACGAUCAGUGUUAGAAAUACGUGUAAACCAGACUGGUGCAGUGGUAGCAGAAGAAAAAUACUCCCCUGACUUAUCUGUACGUGCUCUCUCUCUCUCUCUCUCUCUCUCUCUCUCUCUCUCUCUCUCUCUCUCUCUCUAUCCUCUGAUGGCCAGAGAUGCAAGAAGUUGACUCUUUUUGUGGGUCUUCAUUACAGUUUCAAAAAUAAUAGUUUCUUCCUCUGCGCAGAUACAAGUUCCUUACGGGUUUUCAACGCAGUUUGUUCUCACCUCUUCCAAUGGGACUUCCUACCCACUCAAUACAGCGGGAACUUCCACUCCUCCUAGUGCAGAGAAAGAUGUCAGGUAAUACGAAUGGAACUCCCUCCUCUUUCUCAUUUUGAUCUCAUCCAUUUCCUAUUCCAAUCUUUCAUCCCAGUUUCUUAUCAGAGGCUCCUAGAUCAGGAGAAAGAUUCAUCUCAGAUAACAGUAUUUUUUUUCCUGCAAUAAGAAACUUUAUUUAUAAUACGCAUAAUAUGUUGAUAGAACAGAUUUUCUACCUGCAGCCCCAAUAUUUAGGAUUAUUAUUAUUUAGAAAAUAAUGAUUUAGUGUGGCGCACCCAUCAUGUCCAUCAUGCCAGAGAAGAGCCCACCAGGGAAAUAUUCAUCUCUAAUCAGUUUCAUGGUGUGAAAGCUGUCUCCGCACCCCAUCAGCGUUUGAAUCAAGCAUGUAUGGUUGACUUUGUGCGGAAUAGCUUCACCAAGUAAUAUCCAAGCCAUAGUUGAAUUUCUGGGUUGUGCAUUUCAGAACGGGGUUUCUGACAAAGAGAAAAACGCAGCCUUUGCCUCGCUUCAUUUCCCUCGUUAUAUGAUCCUCUUUUUGUGGUUAUGGGGUGAAAUAAUUAUUACAAUCUCAUAAGAUUUUCCCCAUUCAUGAGCUUGUAUAGUUCUGAUGGUGUUUUUCUUCCUUUUUUUUCUUUUUUUUUCCCUCCCUCUUCUCAGAUUACGGGAGAUUAUAGUUUUGACCAUGAGGCUCUUCCAAUCUAAGGUACGAAUCUGCCACAAUAGUCAACUCAUUGCAACCGCGGGCAUCUCACCGUUUGUAGCAAAAGUCAAAAUGAAUUUCAAUUUUAAUAUGACUAGAUUUUCUAAUCAUCAUGAUUUUUUAUUUUUAUUUUUCCGUGUUUGAUUAAUUUUUCCUCGCAUUCUCGAUUUCCCCUACCAUGUGGUCCCCCCCACCCUUAUGCGUCCGAAGUCAACCACGGAGUCAACUCCGUGUCCGGAUGAGGAAAACCCAGACCCCAUACUUCCCCAAAAGUCUUCUCCUUCUGUUUGACUGAUUUUUCCCCGGUCGCCAUUCUCAUCUGACCCAGGCUUUAGACGAUAAGAGGAGACUGAAGCAGUGAAGCCGCACCAUGCAAUUAUUUUUAUGCGCUUCAGCGACGAAGGCGAAGGGCCCGAAAUUAUUCAUGUAAGUAUAUAGUUACUUAUUUUAUUUGAUAUCUAUCCCACGAAGGCCGGUCUGAAUGGUGUCGUCAUCCUUGCCUUCCUUCGCUCUCGGGAGAGGAGAGGAAGGGGUGGGACAAAAUUAUGAUUAAACCCAGGGCAUGGAAGGUUGUUAUUCUUCUUUGCAGAUAUUUACGGAUAUUGCUUCUAUCUCCCUCGGGGGAGAAGCGAGAGUGAAGAGGAGGGGGGGAGUGCCAUUCGACACAUUGUUAGGGCAAAUUAAUAGCGACCGGGAGACCGGGGCAUGUGGCGUUCGAGUCAAUCUGAUCCUUAGUUAUUGAUGGCGAGGAAAUGAGGAGGUCACAUCACUGAGUUCUCGAAAGUCAACGACUCUGACCGGCGUCGGUCGUCGUAUCCCCGUUAGUGUUAAUCCCCCCGAUGCACAGAGAGACGGGGAUGCUGCAAGAUAGAGGAAAUUGGAGCAGAAGGGAGGAGAGAGAGAAAGACGGGGGUGAAGAAAGAUAAGAGGAAAUUGGAAGAGCAAAGGAAGAUAUAUGUAUAUAUAUAUAGAUAUCGAGAGAGAGAGAGAGAGAGAGAUAAAUAAAGAGGGGUGCAGAAAUAGGAAAUUGAAAGAGAAAGGGGAGAGAGAGGAGGGGCGUGA